CAAGGCAGUUUGCCUAGAAUUGAAGCCAGAGCCAACCAAAGUAAGACGCUCUUUUGAGGCCAUGCCAGCAGCCAGGCCUGAGAUCCGUGGGGAAGUGACCUGGAGUCAGGGGUCAUUCGCUGAUCCUAGGGGCCAAGACCUGUCCCAGAUGCUGGAUUACAAAACAGUCAAACAAGAAGGGUCGUUUACCAAAGCGGGAGUGACGCAGGACCUAAAGAAUGAACUCAGGGAAGUGAGAGAAGAGCUCAAGGAGAAAAUGGAGGAGAUAAAACAGAUAAAGGACAUAAUGGACAAAGAUUUUGAUAAACUUCAUGAAUUCGUGGAAAUUAUGAAGGAAAUGCAGAAAGAUAUGGAUGAGAAGAUGGACAUUUUAAUAAAUACACAGAAGAACAAUAAGCUAAGAGGACCCAAAGAGCAGCAGGAACUGAGGCUGAUGGGAAAGACUCACAGAGACCCACAGCUCAGGCUCCAGAAAAUGGACGGAGCCAGCGGACCCAAUGGAGCACCCUUUGCUCUUCACAAGAAGACGGUGGCACCUCAGAAAGCAAAACAGGGCUCCCUGGAUCCCCUGCAUCAGCGCGGGACCUGCUGCGAGAAAUGUUUGUUGUGUGUCCUAAAGAACAACUACAAUCAGGGUGGGAAAUACUCACACCAGGUCUGGGCACCCUUUUCACCCUUGGCUUCUGGAGCUGCCUUCUGAUUUAUCUGUACCUCGGCCCCGCUGACAUCGAAUAUGUGCUUCCAACCUAGUGCAGCCGCAGAGGGGCUCGGCAGUUCCGGUUCCUCACCUCCCCUUCCUUGAACUGCACAGUCAGGGCUUUUGUCCUCUGGAAUACCACCCCAGGCCUCCACUGGAGAUUAAACACCUUCACUGAAAGCCAAAGGGGAUGUCAUGCUUUUGAGUACCAGUCUAAAACUUGAGUGUGUGGCGGUCACUUCUUUUUCUCUAUCAGUGUAUUUCAGACUCCAGCCCCUCCCCCUGCUUCCUGAUGGACUGGUGGGAAAUUCCAUCUUAGUCAUCUUAGGGUCCUCCCAAACAUCACCUCCCUCCAUUCCACCUGGGUCUGCAAAGGUCCCAGGUCCCAGCAUGGGGAGGGCCCAUGAUGACAGCGGAUGUCAGUCUGUAUGGUCUCAGGAGAGACCUCCCUGCCUGGCCCGCCUGCUCCUCUCCAUGUAAUCAGCUCUCACCUGUGCAUGGGGCCCAGGUGUCUUGGGUGACACAGGGAACCCCUGGGCUUCGAGUCCUGCCUGCCCCCCUCCCCUGAGUCUUGUCACCUAGCAGGACACAGGCCCUGCUGCUCAUAGUAAUAGGGGGGCUUUCUUGGGUUAUGGGGAUCCAUCCUUCUCACCCCCUUGAAGAUUUCCUCUCCCUCCCUCCACCCCCAAAGGGAACAUUCCUUCAGAGGCCUCAGGUUUUUACAAAGGUGGAGAGGAGCCAGUGACCACCCAACCUCCUGUGGGCCAUGCUGUGCCUGCCCCAAAGUUCCAGACUGAGGGAAGGUGAAGCUUGACUGCCAGCUUGAAAUGACAGGAAAGAAGAUACAGAGCAGUGUUCCAUAAACUCUCCUACCCUGGGUGUGAUUCUUUGGCUUCAGUUUGAAGGAGGAGGAAUUCAUGCGAGUUCCUAUUUUAUUUCACACCAGUUCCUCCUUAUUUCAUCUCUUUGCUAAGCUGGCUGCUUCUACAGUCUAAUAAAUAAUUGGC